AAAAAAGUAAUUAAGAAUAAAAAGCCCCUAAUCACUGCCCUUAUAAAAAAGAGUUUAGAUUAGUGGCCAAAAGAGAAGUCAGUAUCGUGUGGAGAGGUGUCCUGAUACGCUGCCCUUGAAAGAGGUCACGCCGUAGGCAGGAGGAAAUACAGACGAAGGAAGACUGUUCCUUAACCAGUGUACGGGAUGAAAGAGUGAAGAUGCUGGUUAACUCUUGCAUAAGGAAUUUGGACAGUAUAUAGGAAUGUUUAUUGUAGAAGGUGACAGCUGCAGUGUUACCGAAGAAUAGGGGAUAGGUGUUUGGAAGAUUGUGUUGGGUUCAUAGGUGGAGAAAUUGAGUUUUUGAGGCGUUGAAGAACACCAAAUUCCUCCUGCCACGUACAGAAACGAUAGCAAGGUCUGAGGUUAAGUGUUCUGCGGCUUCCACCCCGUUCAGAAAUAAUAGCAAGGUCUGAGGUUAAGCGUUCUGCAGCUUCCACCCCGUUCAGAAAUAAUAGCAAGGUCUGAGGUUAAGUGUUCUGCAGCUUCCACCCCGUUCAGAAAUAAUAGCAAGGUCUGAGGUUAAGUGUUCUGCAGAUUCCACCCCGUUCAGAAAUAAUAGCAAGGUCUGAGGUUAAGUGUUCUGCAGCUUCCACCCCGUUCAGAAAUAAUAGCAAGGUCUGAGGUUAAGUGUUCUGCAGAUUCCACCCCGUUCAGAAAUAAUAGCAAGGUCUGAGGUUAAGCGUUCUGCAGCUUCCACCCCGUUCAGAAAUAAUAGCAAGGUCUGAGGUUAAGCGUUCUGCAGAUUCCACCCCGUUCAGAAAUAAUAGCAAGGUCUGAGGUUAAGCGUUCUGCAGAUUCCACCCCGUUCAGAAAUAAUAGCAAGGUCUGAGGUUAGGUGUUCUGCAACCUCCAGCCUAGAAUCAUGUCUAGUUCCUGUUGGGGGGGCUUCUGGCAAAUGAUGUUGAGUAAUGCAGAAUAGAAUCAUCAGCAAGCAAGGACAAGGGACACAAUUCACUCUAAUCACACAUCAAGAUAUCUCACACAACAACAGUCACCGUGAUAAUCCUCUUACCCGCACGGUCACCACGUCUUCAAGUGUUCAUCCAUGGCACCAGCAGCAGUAGUCUUUUGUAUGCUCCAUUAGUCUUGCGCCAGCCUCCACAGCGGCACUCUACACGGCUCCUCCCAGCUGCCUCCACCGCCCACCGCCAUGCCCUUCGUCAAACUCGUGACCAACCUGCCGGACGAGAGGCUGCCUGAGGAUUUCCAUCUCGCCCUCUCAGCCAAGAUCGCCAAGGAACUGAAUAAGCCCGAGGAGCAUGUCUCGGUGACGGUGGAAUGCGACCGCAGAAUGAGCCGAUCCGGAAGCCUCGACCCCCUGUGCGAGCUUCAUUGCGCUUCCGUGGGCCUCAACACCCGCGACCUGACCCAGCCGCUCGCCAAAGCCAUGACGGACUUCCUUCACGAGCACACCGGCAUUCCCACUACCAGGAUCCUGUUCCAGUUCUUUGACCCGAUGCCUCAUAUGGUGGGACUGGACGGCCAUGUCUGCUGAGGUGUGACGACCGAAGCUUCGCCAGGACUCGUUCGGUGUCUCGUUCGUCGUAACACACACACACACACACACACACACACACACACACACACACACACACACACUUUCUCUUUCACACUUUCUCUUUUUCUAUCUUUCUUUCCUUUUCUUUCUUUCUAUUCUGUCUGUCUACCAAUCCACCCUUCUCUCUCUCUCUCUCUCUCUCUCUCUCUCUCUCUCUCUCUCUCUCUCUCUCUCUCUCUCUCUCUCUCUCUCUCUCUCUCUCUCGUAAAGAUUCAUUGUUAUCCUUAUGUUUUUGUAAGUCAAUAAAAUACCAACACUCA